AUGGAUGCAGUUCUGGACAUACCAGCCGAUACCCUAGUCAAUGAAAUCCUCCUUGAAUAUUUUAGAGUUCCAUCUGGAUCUCACCCACUGCUCACAGAGCUAACAGAAUCGGUUGGUCUGGGAUAUCGCAAAAACAGAUGUCGACGCACAGAAAGAAAGGUCUCCCUGGAAUGCUCGAGUUUAGAGACGGAUGUUGAAGGUGAUGCAUCUUCCAUAUCACUAAUUUAUGUGGAAUUACCAUCGGUGGAAGAUGCGGAAAAGAAUCAUCCAUUACUUAUGGAACAAGAUGCGACACAAUAUUUGGACUUGGAUAAUUCAAAUUCGGAAAACGAGCUGAAGGUGCAAUCAGGAACAGUUGAUGCUCUUAUUGUCUACGCUACAUCUAUUGGUCGAUUGCAUCGAUCAUUUCUACUAACGCUGGAUGUCUUCUUGGUGAUGUAUCGAACCUUCAUAACUUCGGAGGAACUAAUAAGUCGCCUAAUUCAACGCUAUCUCCUCUUCCAAUCCAGUGUCAAGUUGAUUGUAACUGUGGAUGAGAAGACGCGCGAAAAGAUCUGCAAUGUGGUCAUCUCCUACCUCAUUCGUGUGAUAUCGCAGCUGUCAACUGAUCUGAAUUCCCAAGUUUACUCCCUGCUAAAUCUAUUCCGAGAGAAAGUAAUGGAUGAUGGUUAUGGGGGUUUAGCCAGAGCACUUGAGUUCACACUCUCAAACCAGUUAAAACUACGUCAAAGACGUCGAUCAUCUGCGGAAAGUCAGGACACAGCUCCGAACCCUUCGACAACCACUAGUCCCCCAGUUUCUCCUCGUCCAAGUGAGGAAAACUAUUAUACACCCCCAGCAACUUCCUCUGUAUCUGUAUCUGUUCGGCGCUCACAUUCCAUUGGGGCCGUUGCUGGUUUUGUAGCAGGUUCCUCCACCAGUCCACAGCAGCUGAAGAGCGGAGAUCAUAAAUUAUCAAUCGGAACUUCGAAUUUCUCCUCCAGCUCCGCCCGAAACUCCAUCACCGCAGUUCCUGGAUGUGAGAGUUCUCUCAAUUCAUCCCAUUCAGCAUCCACUGCGGCACUCUCUGAUAUUGAGUUCGAGUCCUCAGUAGGAAAUUCAUCUCUGGUAAGUGGAAGACCUUCGACGGCGUCAUGUUUCAGUUCUCCCGCUCCAGCUCGACGUCUUCUUGGACCGUCGGUGCCGGUUUCUAUAGCAACGCUAAGAAGACACUCCAGAAUAUCUGCUUCUGGAAGUCAGAGACGAGCUAGUCUACUAGAUAUUCCAGCUAGAGCACUGGCUGAGCAGAUAACGUAUUUGGAAGCGGAGAAGUACUCUCGUCUAACAGUAAGAUUUCACCUUAUUCAUUUGAAUCAUUUCUAA